AUGACAAUUAAUAAUUGCCAUAACUUUACUAAUUUUUGGAAGCUUUUUCCCGAUGAAUUGAAAAAAUCUAAAUAUGAUUUUAGAAGUUAUAUUUUUAACAAAUAUUGUCCUAAUAAUAAUUGUGUUGCUGAUACCGAUAUAGUUAACGCUGGCUGUUUAUGGUUAUUUAAUAUUUUUUUCGGUACAGGUGGUAUUUCACUUUAUCUUGACACAUAUAAGAAUGCGGUUUUAUGUAUUAUGAUAUGGUUAAGUUAUAAAUUAAAUCAAAAAACAGGAAAUGGAAUCAUUAAAUUAAACGAUUUUUAUUCUAAUCAUAUAGAAAAUAACACACAGUACACUGAUAAUAAACUUCGUCAUGAAAAAUUUAAAAGUUAUAAGGAAAUCAUAGAUACAAUAAAGGAAUAUAUGGAUAUUGAUAUUAAUGAGAUAUCUAAAUUUUAUGAAUUACUUAAAUUAUUAUGCAAUAUGGAUACUGCUUAUAAAAGUACAAAUAGUAUCGAUUUUUCAGAACAUGUUAAGAAAUUUGGUGAAGAAUAUGAAAAACUCCUCAAUGAUGAUAAUAAUACUGACAACAGUUUAUACAAUAAAAUAUUACAUGUUUUAUAUAAUUAUUAUAAUAAUUUUGAAGAGUACAGAGCUUUUAUUAAAAAAGAAAUGAUACGUCCUCCAUUAUCAACAGAAAAAACAUCUAAAAAAGGUGAUGUAGAUGUUUCUAAUAUAACUAAAACGACUGAAUUAUCGAGUGAAACAGGAAAACAAAAUAUUCCAACGAUAACUCUGAGUUCAAAUACUGAAUUAUCAGGCUCAUCACUAGUAAGUAAAUUAAUUCCAGUUUUAUCGAUAUUUGUUGCAAUAGCAAUUUUUUUGGGAAUUUCUUAUAAGUAUUCAUUAUUUGGAUUUCGGAAACGAUCUCAAAAACAAAAUUUAAGAGAAAAGCUAAAAAAAUAA